ACGCACCACCGUAGAUGCUCCGUGAACGCACCACCGUAGAGCAAACCGAGGAAGUGUUGCUGCUGCUGCUGCGUGACGACCGUGACGACGUGCCUAUCGGAGAAAUACAGAGAGCAGUCAGCGCGAGGCUGGAGAUCACCAGCUGUUAACCACGAGCUGCUCUUCAAUCCGGCUGCUGUUUAAAACGUGAAGGAACCUGUGUACUCCUGUGUACUCCCGUGUACUCCUGUGUACUCCCUGUGUACUCCUGCGUACUCCUGUGUACUCCUGUGACCCCGGAGCCUGAGCAUGGUGUUGCGGGAGGUCCCGGUGGAGAACAUCGCCCGUCCCCUGGGCAGGAACGAGGUCAUCGGGCUGCUGUUCCGUCUCACCAUCUUCGGCGCCGUGACCUACUUCACCAUCAAGUGGAUGGUGGACGCCAUCGACCCCACCAGGAAGCAGAAGAUGGAGGCGCAGAAACAGGCGGAGAAGUUGAUGCGUCAGAUUGGGGUUAAGAACGUGAAGCUGUCUGAAUACGAGAUGAGCAUCGCCGCUCACCUGGUCGACCCGCUCAGCAUGCAGAUAACAUGGAGAGAUAUAGCUGGUCUGGAUGAGGUCAUCACAGAGCUGAAGGAGACGGUGAUCUUACCGGUCCAGAAGAGACAUCUGUUCCAGGGAUCCAGACUGCUGCAGCCGCCCAAAGGUCAGUCCCCUUCUCAUUCCCCUGCUCCCUCCCCUUGCUUCAGACUCGUCCAGCCUUUCUCAUUGGCUGUCAAACUGCAGCCGUCAAUCAUCUUCGUAGACGAGAUAGACUCGUUCCUGAGGAGCCGCUCCAGCUCGGACCACGAAGCCACGGCCAUGAUGAAGGCUCAGUUCAUGAGUCUGUGGGACGGCCUGGACACAGACCACCACUGCCAGGUUAUCAUCAUGGGAGCCACUAAUCGUCCUCAAGACCUGGACUCUGCUAUUCUGAGGAGGAUGCCGACCCAGGUUUCACAUCAACCAAGUAUGGGCCAGAGAGAGCAGAUCCUCAAACUCAUCCUGGAGAACGAGGUGGACCACUCGGUCAACCUUGUUGGCGUCUCAGGAAGCGGAUGGUUUUCAGGAAGUGACCUCAGAGAGAUGUGUCGGCGCGCUGCUCUGCUCGUCCGAGACUUUGUCCACGCUCAGAGCGACAGCCCACGGAGGGACUUCAUCCGUCCCAUCCAUCAGUCAGAUCUGCAGAAGGCCGUCCGGAAGAUGAAGAAAUCUAAGAUGGCGGAGGGCGGACGGAGGCCCCUGCACGCUGCUCUGGACUGAGAGACACACAGAGGAACACACACACACAGACACACACAGACAUAUACAUACACACACACAGACACACACACACACACAGACAUAUACACACACACACACA